AUGUCUACUUCAAUGUGGUUUGAUAAUUGGUGCCAGGACAGCCCACUCAUUCAGCAUGUAUCCCCACGAGCUAUUGCAAAUGCGGGUUUUUCUUUGAAAGAUAAUGUGUCAGAUAUGCUCUCAAAUGGACAGUGGAAGUUUCCUGUAGCAUGGUAUGAUCUUUUUCCUGUACUUAUUAAUAUACCUUUAGCACAAAUUCAAGAUGGCAAUGACUCUAUAACUUGGUGUGAUCGGUAUGGCGUAGAAGCUGAUUUUUCUGCUUCUAGAGUAUGGGAUUCUAUUAGACAUAGAAGUGAUGUUAUUCCAUGGGUUAAUUUGGUUUGGGUUCCUCAAUGUAUUCCAACACAUGCCUUUCACUUAUGGUUGGUCAUGCGAAACAAGCUUAAAACGCAGGAUCAAAUGAAACGAUGGGAUGUGGGGAGUGAAACUAAUCUCAUGCUCAUGUGUUGUUCUCUUUGUCAACAUGGUCUCGAUUCGCACUCGCAUUUAUUCUUUGAAUACUACUACUCGGUCCAGGUGUGGAAUGAGGUCAGGUCCCUUGUUGGACUACAAAACCUCCCAAACAUAUGGGAUAGUAUUGCUGGAUGGCUAAUUGUGCAGCCCCAAAAAUCAGGGCAGGUCACAAUUGCUAAACUUUUAGUUGCAGCUACAUCUUAUUUUGUUUGGCAGGAGAGAAAUAGUUGGCUUUUCACUACAACUCGAAGAACUCCAUCUGAACUAGCUGAAGUGAUCAAGUAUACGGUACGAUUGAAGCUUAUGUCCAUGAGAUUCAAAGCUACUGUUAGUGUGCAAGGUUUGAUGGCUCAAUGGCAACUACCAAAUGAGCUCACUCUUGAAGAUGGCUAA